AUGAUCAAGGGACUUUCACAUCAUGGUGAAUUGACUGUGGACACGCUUCAAGUAGGGAUAAUUUUGCAACUGGAAGCCAUUGGAGUUAUCAGUAUACAGGCAAGGUCACAGCAAAACUCUGGCAACCGUGAGCUGAUUGCAAAAAUGGAAAAAAGGGAAAAGGAUUGUCUACUAAAGAAGAAGAAGGCUUUUGAUCCCUCCAAGAAACUGAAUGACAUGAUGAUAUAUAUGGUCAAACUAGAAUGGUAUAAGAAGACUUGUGCAUCUGAUAAACGAGGCUACUACGAUAGUUAUAAGAGCGGGGGAUCAUCACAGAAGGACAUAAAAGUUGUCGAGUUUAAGAAAUACCUCAACAAUUACUGGAAAAAAAUGGUUGAUGAAGCCGAGAGAAAACCCCAGACAGAAGGGGCUGCCUUCAUGACCCGAUGGCUAUAUGGUGGGACAAAUUAUCGUAGGAUGGUUGAACCUCUUGACAUUGCUGACUACUACAGCAAGGGUUUGAGAGACUACAAAACUAAUGGAAGAUCUCAACAUUUUAUAAGGUUGGAGCAAUGGCUAGAGGAAGCUAAAAAAUUGGAAGGAAAGAAACAAAACGUGUCAGCCAGUUCAACUGACUCAAAGAAACAAAAGGUAUCAGCUCUUCUAACUGAAGAUUCUUGCUUUUGGGGAUGGCGCAAAUCACUGAAAGAUGGUGACCAGAGAGAAUCAACAAGAAAGAAUCUAAUUAAUUUUGAAGAGGAUGUAAUGAAGCAGAUCGAGAAUUAUGCGGUAUCUCCAGAGAUUUUCUUAGCAGGGAGCAGCUUUAUGCGGUGGAGAGAGUAUGAAGAAAUUAUAGGAACUUCCUAUAGUUCACAACUCACUCACUCUAUGCAAAAUGGCCUUUACUAUCAGUAUGGCAAUGGUUCAUAG